GCUGCCGCUGCCAUGGAGGCUCUCUGUUUGGUUCAGACAUGGGCAGCCAGAGCUUACACGUGCCGCCUCUCAAUGGAACCUAUUCCGCGGCAUAUGGAUACGGAUGAUAUGCGCACGCCUGGAAAUCAGUUACGCUUGGGCAGUACCCUCCCAUGACGCCCGGCGCCUCGAUGGCCGUCCACCGAGUUCGCCUCUGGUGGUGGAGGCGAGGCGGCCGAGACCGCGCGAUCGUCGCGCUGGGCUUCACUGCCCUCCUCCUCGCCCUCUUCGUCACCCUCGCCUCCUGGCUCCGCGUGAGUGCCCUCGCCGCCGCAACUCAACCGCCCGCUGCCUCCACCGACCCCGCCCUCGUCCAUCUCACCCUCGUGCGUAACGCCAAGAAAAAAGGCGCCGUGUGUUUAGAUGGAAGUCCUCCUGGGUAUCACCUGCAGAGGGGUUUCGGUUCCGGCAAGGACAGUUGGCUUAUCCUCUUAGAGGGCGGAGGUUGGUGCAGUACUGUGGCAUCAUGCACUUCACGCAAAAUGACUGCAUUGGGUUCUUCACGUUACAUGGAACGCCAAAUUCCUUUUGUUGGCAUUUUAAGCAACAUUCCAUCUCAAAAUCCUGAUUUCCUUAACUGGAACAAAGUCAGGGUACGAUAUUGUGAUGGUGCAUCUUAUUCUGGAAAUGUUAAAAGUGACAUUCAUAAUGGAACAAAGCUAUUCUUUAGAGGGCAGCGUAUUUGGGAAGCAAUCAUGGAUGAACUCUUAAUGAAAGGACUUGCAAAUGCUAAACAGGCCUUUCUUACAGGGUGCUCUGCUGGUGGUCUAGCUACUCUCAUACAUUGUGAAGAUUUUCGCGCACUUCUGCCUGAGGAGGUCACUGUUAAAUGUCUUGCAGAUGCCGGCUUUUUUCUUGAUGAGAUGGAUAUUUCUAGGAGAAGGUUCAUCCGGUCUUUCUAUGAUGAUGUUGUCCGUCUUCAGGAUGUAGGAAAGAAAUUUCAGGAUUGCCUCUCAAGGAUGGAACCAUCUCAGUGUUUCUUUGCACGUGAGAUUAUUAAGAACAUAAACACCCCACUCUUUAUUCUCAACCCAGCUUAUGACGUUUGGCAGAUACAGCACAUUUUGGCACCAGAGUCAUCUGAUAAUCAACAAUCAUGGCUAAGAUGUAAGCUGAACAUUCACAAUUGUGAUUCCAACCAGAUUGAAUCCCUUCAAGGAUUCAGGACUGCCCUGCUUAAUGGCUUGAGUGAUUUUCAGCAUAACAAGAAUGGGGGCAUAUUUAUAAAUUCUUGCUUUGUACACUGUCAGACAAUGAACGGUAUCACAUGGCGCUCUCCAAAUUCCCCAAAAAUUAACAAUAAGACAAUUGCAGAAGCAGUGGGAGACUGGUACUUUAAUAGAAGGGAAGUGAAGGAAAUUGAUUGUGCAUAUCCGUGCAAUCCCACAUGUAUCAAUUUGAAUCUUAUGCAUCCUUUCAAGAUGUAAGUUUGGGGGUCAAGCAGGAUAAUGUUUUCCUAAAAUGUCUUCCACUGGCUCCUCCAUCUAGUUGUUUGAUUUCGCCGAGGGAUGGCAGGGCAUGAUGUGCCAUUAUAUUACCUUUUUUUCUUAUGCAUUUCAUGGGGCUCGGAGUCAUCCCCCAUAGUUCAUGGAUAGGCUGUGUUAUGCCAUGUAUGCUACUGAUAAAGGCUAUGUGUUAUUGUUCUUUCUUGUUUAAUAAAUUGUGUGGGCCUUGGCGUCUACUGGAGUGACAUUUGGUGAGUGCUUGAGGAGAAAUUGGUGUAUAUGAUGGAUGCUAAACUCUGCUCAUCAUUUUGGAAUUCUCAGAAAGCCUUUGUAACUCAAAAGUGCCACUAGAGAGCUUUUGGGCAGUGGAUCAUCUACAACUGUACUACGUUGUCUCAAGUCGGCAGGGGAAACUUUAUUUGGCCUUUGAAGUCUUUCUAAAACCUGACCCCACCUUCCCGGUGUAAACUGUCAUCCAUCAGAAAUGGUGUGAUACAUACUAGUAGAUUCUGUUUCUUCUUAUUGUCAUGGUGAUUCGAGAAUGGCGGACGGGCACGACUGUGAGACUGCUUAGAGAUAGUUUUUGUUAGUUUUUUUGUUUCUUUGGAAAAAAAUCUCAAGACAUCAUUAUAAGUGCUUUUGAAGCAUUAGAAUACUAGUAUAUGAAAAUAUGGUUGUCUCCAUUCCAGAAUAUGGGUUUUUUAA